ACCGGGGUGAGCCGCCCACCCGGCCCGCCGUGCCCUCCGCCCCCUCCGCCCGCGGGAGCCCCGCGCCAGUCCCGCGCACCACGUGUCCGCGCUGCCCUUCGCCGCCUGCCCAGGGCUCACGGAGUCCGCGCCCACAAAGAUUUGGUUUCCCCCUGCCCCUGCGGUUGUCAUCUUAAACCGCCGGAGCCCGAGGCCUAUAUUUAUAGAGAAACGCGUGUCCCCGAGGCCGCAGUGGGCAGCGUCUGGUCGCCUCUUAAAGGAUCUUUACCCUUCGGAAGGGGAUUCUCCAUUUAAUUUUUUUUUCCUACUUAGAUUUUUUGAAAUUUGGAGCUUCGCACCAGGACCGCGGAGAAGUGCAAAGUCGCGGGGAGAGCUGUAUUGUGCGGAGAGCCUUUUGUCUGUGGUGCCCCGGUCGUGGGAGCCGGCCCCCGCCUCCCAUUUUCGUCCAGUCUCCGAGCCCGGCGACUCCAGCUCAUCCUUGCCGGUGCCACCUGUGAGCCGCGGUGCAGGCCCCGGCUCCAAGGGCGCCCCUUUUGUCCUGGGCGGGCCCGAUAAGAAGUCCUCCUGGCGGGGCUCGGGGUGGUGGGGGGCGGGGAGAUGAACGCUGCGGCCAGCAGCUACCCCAUGGCCUCCCUGUACAUGGGCGACCUGCACUCGGACGUCACCGAGGCCAUGCUGUACGAAAAGUUCAGCCCCACGGGGCCUGUGCUGUCCAUCCGGGUCUGCCGCGAUAUGAUCACCCGCGCUGCCUACGUCAACUUCCAGCAGCCGGCCGAUGCUGAGCGGGCUUUGGACACCAUGAACUUUGAUGUGAUUAAGGGAAAGCCAAUCCGCAUCAUGUGGUCUCAGCGGGAUCCCUCUUUGAGAAAAUCUGGUGUGGGAAACGUCUUCAUUAAGAACCUGGACAAAUCUAUAGAUAACAAGGCACUUUAUGAUACUUUUUCUGCUUUUGGAAACAUUCUAUCCUGCAAGGUGGUACGUGAUGAGAACGGCUCGAAGGGUUAUGCCUUUGUCCACUUCGAGACCCAAGAGGCUGCCGACAAGGCCAUCGAGAAGAUGAAUGGCAUGCUCCUCAAUGACCGCAAAGUAUUUGUGGGCAGAUUCAAGUCUCGCAAAGAGCGGGAAGCCGAGCUUGGAGCCAAAGCCAAGGAAUUCACCAAUGUUUAUAUCAAAAACUUCGGGGAAGAGGUGGAUGAUCAGAGUCUGAAAGAGCUAUUCAUUCAGUUUGGUAAGACCCUGAGUGUCAAGGUGAUGAGAGAUCCCAACGGGAAAUCCAAAGGCUUUGGCUUUGUGAGUUACGAAAAACACGAGGAUGCCAAUAAGGCUGUGGAAGAGAUGAAUGGAAAAGAAAUAAGUGGGAAAAUCAUAUUGGUAGGCCAUGCACAAAAGAAAGUAGAACGGCAGGCAGAGUUAAAAUGGAAAUUUGAGCAGUUGAAACAGGAAAGAAUUAGUCGAUACCAGGGGGUGAAUCUCUACAUUAAGAACUUGGAUGAUACUAUUGAUGAUGAGAAAUUAAGGAAAGAGUUUUCUCCUUUUGGAUCAAUUACCAGUGCUAAGGUAAUGUUGGAAGAUGGAAGAAGCAAAGGGUUUGACUUCAUCUGCUUCUCGUCUCCUGAAGAGGCAACCAAAGCAGUCACUGAGAUGAAUGGAUGCAUUGUGGGUUCCAAGCCCCUGUAUGUUGCCCUGGCCCAGAGGAAGGAAGAGAGAAAGGCUCACCUGACCAACCAGUAUAUGCAACGAGUGGCUGGAAUGAGAGCACUUCCUGCCAAUGCCAUCUUAAAUCAGUUCCAGCCAGCAGUGGGUGGCUACUUCGUGCCAGCAGUCCCACAGGUUCAGGGAAGGCCUCCAUAUUAUACACCUAACCAGUUAGCACAGAUGAGGCCUAAUCCACGCUGGCAGCAAGGUGGGAGACCUCAAGGCUGUCAAGGAAUGCCAAGUGCUAUAUGCCAGUCUGGGCCUUGUCCAAUUCUUCGCCAUCUGGCUCCAACUGGGUCUGAGUGCCCGGACCACUUGACUAUGGACUUUGGUGGGGCUAGUGCCACCCAGCAAGGGCUGACUGACAGCUGCCAGUCUGGAGGCGUUCCCACAGCUGUGCAGAACUUAGCGCCACGCGCUGCUGUUGCUGCUGCUACUCCCUGGGCUGUUGCCCCCUACAAAUAUGCCUCCAGUGUCCGCAGCCCUCAUCCUGCCAUACAGCCUCUUCAGGCACCGCAGCCUGCCGUCCAUGUGCAGGGGCAGGAGCCACUGACUGCCUCCAUGCUGGCUGCAGCACCCUCCCAGGAACAGAAGCAGAUGCUGGGAGAACGUUUAUUCCCACUCAUCCAAACAAUGCAUUCAAACCUGGCUGGAAAAAUCACAGGAAGGCUGCUGGAGAUUGACAACUCUGAGCUGCUGCACAUGUUAGAGUCCCCUGAGUCUCUCCGCUCCAAGGUGGAUGAAGCUGUAGCAGUUCUACAGGCUCAUCAUGCCAAGAAAGAAGCUGCCCAGAAGGUGGGCGCUGUUGCUGCUGCUACCUCUUAGACAAGGAAAACCCGAUUCAAAAGCCAAAUAACCCCUCAUGGAAUUCAGCUCAAGGUUUGAAGACUUCCUAGCUUGUCCUAUGGACCUCAACACCAAGAACUACAAAUUGCAAAUUUAACAGGUCAUUUUGUAUCAAAAGGUCAAUUAUGAAGCACCUAGAAUUUUUCAAUUAUACAAAUAUAUUCUCUGGGUUCUGCUGUGGCCCAGACAGUGUUAACUUUUUUUUUCUAUUGUGGGUUUUGAUUUUCCCCCCAGAAAUUGGUUUUAUUUGAUGUACCCAAGUCUUACGUUUCUCAAUAAAGAAAAAAAUGUCUAUUAAAAAAAAUAAGUACAGGCAAUACCU